AAAGAAAGGAUCUAUAGAUAUAUCUAAUAGGUGGAUAAAAACAUUCUAAGUUUAUAGUAAUAGAAGUAUAAAGUAUGUCUUCAUCCAUUCAAUUACUUAACCCCAAGGCGGAGUCUUUAAGACGUGCCCAGGCAUUACAAGUGAAUGCCUCUGCAGCUCAAGGAUUACAAUCAGUAUUGGCUUCUAAUUUAGGUCCAAAGGGUACUCUUAAAAUGUUGGUUGAUGGAUCUGGAGGAAUCAAAUUAACUAAAGAUGGUAAGGUUUUGUUGAGUGAAAUGCAAAUCCAACAUCCAACUGCCGUUAUGAUUGCUAGAGCAGCCGCUGCUCAAGAUGAUAUUGCUGGUGAUGGUACAACUACCGUUGUUUUACUUGUAGGAGAAUUAUUAAAACAAGCUGAAAGAUUCAUUAGUGAAGGAGUUCAUCCUAGAGUUAUAACUGAUGGAUUUGAAGUUGCUAGAGAAGCUUCAUUGAAAUAUCUUGAUGGAUUUAAAACUAUUCCUACUCAAUUUGAUCGUGAAUUAUUAUUACAAGUUGCUAGAACUUCAUUAUCUACCAAGGUAAAUGCUGAUUUAACUGAAGUAUUAACUCCAAUUGUUACCGAUGCAGUCUUGAGUGUUAAAGAAAAAGAUAGUGUUGAUUUUGAUUUACAUAUGGUUGAAAUUGUUCAAAUGCAACAUCAAACUCCAAAGGAUACAGAAUUAGUUAAAGGUUUAGUAUUAGAUCAUGGGGCAAGACAUCCAGAUAUGCCUAAAAGGGUGGAAAAUGCUUAUGUUUUAACUUUGAAUGUUUCAUUGGAAUAUGAAAAAACUGAAGUUAAUUCAGGAUUUUUCUAUUCAAGUGCUGAACAAAGAGAAAAAUUAGUUGCUUCAGAAAGAAAAUUUGUUGAUGAAAAAUUGAAAAAAAUUGUUGAUUUAAAGAAUGAAGUUUGUGGAUUGGAUUCAAAUAAAGGAUUUGUUAUUAUAAAUCAAAAGGGUAUAGAUCCAAUGUCUUUGGAUGUAUUGGCCAAACAUAACAUUUUAGCCUUGAGAAGAGCCAAAAGAAGAAAUAUGGAAAGAUUACAACUUGUUUGUGGAGGUGAAGCACAAAAUUCAGUUGAUGAUUUAACUCCAGAAGUUUUAGGUUAUUCUGGAUUAGUUUAUGAACAUACUAUUGGUGAAGAAAAAUUCACUUAUGUUACUGAAAAUAAGGAUCCUAAAUCGGUUACUAUAUUAAUCAAGGGUUCUACCAAUCAUGUCUUACAACAAACUAAAGAUGCAGUUAGAGAUGGAUUAAGAGCUGUAGGUAAUGUCUUGAAAGAUAAUGCUCUUUUACCUGGAGGAGGAGCAUUUUUCUUGAGUUGCAAUGAUCAUUUGUUAAGUAAAAGUACUAAAAUUGCCCUUGGUAGAAACAAAUCUGGAGUUAAGGCAUUUGCUGAGGCUAUGUUAAUCAUUCCAAAGACUUUGGCCACAAAUGCAGGUUUAGAUUCUUUAGAAACUAUUUCAAACUGUCAAGAUGAAAUUUCUGAUGAUCGUAUUGUUGGAGUUGAUUUGAAAUCUGGUGAACCAAUGGAUCCAACCAUUGAAGGUGUUUGGGAUGCAUUCAGAGUGUUGAGAAAUGCAAUUUCCGCUGCUACUGGUAUUGCUUCGAAUCUUCUUUUAUGUGAUGAAUUAUUGAAGGCUGGACGUUCUUCGUUGAAGGAAGGUGGUCAAUAGAGAAUUGACACAUAAAAAUAGAAGGAAUGAGAUUUCUUAGAAAUGAUCAUAAUGUGA